AGAAUGUCUGCGGCCUUCUAUGCCAGAGCAACAGUCCUGGCGAGAACUCAGGUGGUGAUGUGCUGUACCACCACCACCCCCGCUGUUGCUACCUGUCAUCUCUUCAACGGGUCAAUGUGCGAACACCUCACACUUCACACCUGACUUCUCUCAAUCCGUGGAUUAACUAUGCCUGAGGGGUUGUUCUCUACGGUCGGCCGCUUUGCAUUUUUCGCUUUCCGAGUCCCUGAAGCCCGGAAGGAAACCAGCUGCGGACCUAAACCAUACCCUCGGCCCCGUGCCAACUACUACUGCCUUGGCUUGCUUACUUAUCGUACAAUAUGCCCCGGGCCCAGACGCUUCCGAAUAAGCAGUACGAAACACGAGGGCUUGGAAACACGAUUUGAUAUUAUUGCUGACUGCAAACCCGGGGAGAAAGUCAGAUGGCCGGGUCCAAUGUGUCCCCUUUCUUCGUUCCCUCGUACGAAGCAGGCAGCCCAGAUUUUGCCACGGAAAGGGAACUUGCUAUCCGGGCCGCUGGAUGGAACUCCUAGGGGCCCGGCUUGUCGGUGCAUCUCUCUACCCCGUAUGCCUUUCCGGAGAAGUACAAAGGUACGCGGAAACGACAGGCAUAACUCUGCAGCCUUCAAGGAUUUGAUUUCAUGCAUGAAUUACGACUGGGCUGCGCCUCGGACGAACACACACCAUCUACCUCGUAUUGACGACCUUACUCUCGCAUAAACUAAUAAUACUGGUAUCUCUGCCACUGCUUGUCUGGGUAAGUAGGUCACGUGUCGUUCCUCUUGGAGGAAGGACUUUCCCUUUUUGGCUGGUCGUUUUGUCCAAGGGCGUCACCAGCGUGACAUCAACCGCGCCCUUGUUGCAGCAGAACUUUUCCGAAGGGUACUCACCUUCAUGUUCCUGGUCUAGACUCAUGGUUGCUUGUGUCUUGGGUGACUUCGUUCAAUUCUGCUGGUUCUCGGUCAGUUUCACGACGAAAGGGAAGCGAGGUGGACCAAAGGUCCUGGGUGUCCCUUUGGACCAUGGGUUGUUACGACUCUGCUGCUCGACAUCGUCCGCGUGAAGAGGCCUUGUUGCAAGGAUUUCUAUCCCAACAGGUGGCGUAAUCAAGUGGGUUGUGACAGGGCCGAAUGCCGGCUCAGGUCGACGAGUAUACUCGUACGAUGGCACGCAUCCACCUGGGUUAAUUCAUUUGAACUCCCAAAGCAUGCGUUCGUCACGACCAAAACUGCAGGUAGACCACAGAGAACAUCAUCCCCAGUCCGC